CAGCUGGAGGCCUGAUCAACUCUCCUCUUUGAAGCAAGUGUGCGAGGCACGCGCAGCAGCGCAAUUUCUGUUUUAAGCAUCCAAGGCAUACCCAAGCACCGACAGUGUGCUCGAAAAGGCGACCAUGGCUUUACCACUUUUUCCGCGGUCCAAACCUUUACCGAUCAUUCACUUAAAUGGAUUCCCGGGGACCGGAAAAUUGACCAUUGCGCGAGAGGUGGUCAAAAUAUUACAAGAGCACUUUGCAACCUUUGGGUCGGGAGAACAAAUCAAGCUUGUGCACAAUCAUCUACUGAUAAAUCCCGCCGAUGCUGUCCUGCACAGAACGCAGCCAGGCUACCAAAACUUACGCAAAGCGCUGCGAGACGCAGUAUUCUCGACGCUGAAGAGCGAACCCGCCACGUUCACCACAGCCUACUUAUUCACCGACUGGCAGAGUGGUGAUGACGUUGGCACAGAAGUGUGCAAAGAUUUUCAAUCUACAGCGCUUGACCGUGGGUGCGAAUUUAUUCCGAUUAUCAUCAACUGCGAGCAAGCGGAAAACAUCGCUAGACUUCGCAACAGCGAUCGGGCACUCUGGCACAAGGUCACUGACGCUGAACUCCUGAUACAAUUUCGGGAGGAACUGCACCCACCACCAGUCUUUCUCUUCGAAAAUGUGGAAACCCGCUUGGAACUUGAUGUCACAAAGCUGAGUGCGCAGCAAGCAGCACAGUGUAUCACGCGACAUGUGCUCGUCUGCCUAUCCAACAGCGCAAGCGACAUCCUGCAGACUUCAGAACGAUGACGAUGUAUAUAGCUCUCAGUGCCCUGCGAAGGGCAAGGCCUCGAAAGCGUAUGACUGAAAGUCGACCUGUACAUGGAGGAUAUCAAUACACUUUACCCAACGCCGAGAAUUGGUACUUCAUUUGCUUAAAUUUUCUGGUCUCUCUUUACAAGCUGUCUAUGGUGCUGUCUCCGGGUCGACACUUAACCAAUCCCUUCAAUGCGUUGCAAAAUGCAACGUACGUUUCCACAAACACGUCGUCAGCAAUCUGCUCAGUGACAGAUCCAAUACGCCAUUCGAUAUAUUCUUUGCCUAUAGGCACUGCAGCCUGCUUCGGCAAGUCAAGCUGAUGCUGUAGUAGUCUUGUUUUGGUUGCUUCCGAG